CCGGCCCGCCCCGAGCCCCUCGGCGAGGCGGCGCUUCCCCGGUCCGAACCCCCCAGUGGGGUGGGUACCCCGCGUCCAGAGCCCCACAAGCAGGCGAGCGCUCCCCUGUACCCGGGCUCCCGCGGCGGCAGCAUGGCCACGCAGAGUGCCCAGGAGGGCGCCUGUGACCCGCCGCCCCGGCCGAAGCAGCCCGCCAAAUCUGACGGGUAUAUAUCCAAACUUAGAGAACUUGUGAAACAUGAAGCAGAGAAAAAUAAAUCUCAGUGGAAAACUAUGGGGCCAGCAAAAGUUGCCGUGCCAUCUCCAAAUGAUUUUCUGCAGAAACGUUCCAAGGAACCCAGGCUAGCACCAAAAAAAAAAGAAGAGGAUGGUAAAAAAUUGCUUCCCUUAUCAGUGCCACCCAGGACAUACCACCCAGUUACUCGUAUUAAAAAGAAUUUUAUAAGUAAAAAUGCAAUUGCUGUUAUGACAGGGGAGCCUAAAAAGCCUCGACAUUUUUGUGUUGAUACAAGACAGGGAGAUAAAUAUCUCCUUGAACCUUCAGGACUUUUUCCAAAAUACAUUAAUAAAAAGAAUUAUGGCAUUUUACCAAAAUAUGUGACACAGAGAAAUGAAGAAAUGAAGAGAGAGGAGGAAGAAUACCAAGCCAGUGUUUUGGAGCAACUCAAGAAGAAAGCUAUGAAAGUACUAUCUGAAGAAGAAAGGACAAAUAUUCUGAAGGCACUGAAAAAGAACUGGGAGGAACUAAAUCGUGCAUAUCAGGGUCUUCCAAUAGUAACAGACACCAGGUACAAGCAGAUGCAUAAAGAAGAGCUGGAAUUAAAGCUGAAACAACUGGAGCAUGACAUAGCAGCAAUUGAGAAGCACAAAAGUGUCUACAUUGCAAAUGUGUAAGGAUUGUUGUUCAGAUACGGCCUCUUUUCUCCUUUUUCUCUGUCCCCACAUCUCCAAGAAGUGCCUCUCUAAAUUCCCAGAAGAUGCUACUGUCAACUAUUUAGAAGGAAAUACUCAACUAAGUAUGUAGCAUCUUAGAAAAGUUGUUACAUAUAACUCUCAUCUGUAAAAUUCCCCAAACAUUUUGAAAUAAAAUGCUUAACUAAACUUUGAUUAUGAAUAAUGAAUUUAAUUUAUUAUUCUUUGUAAUUUUUAUUAGCUACUAAGAUUUCUAUAAACAUCAUACAAAAAGCAUAUAAAACACUGUUUCUUAUGUUUGGAGUACAUCUUUCCUUGCCUAACCAAAACAAAGGGAAAUAAUUGGCUGCUGAAGAUGGCUUGGUAAAUAUAACUUCAGGAUGGAAUGGCUUCUGGACUAUAUAUUAAAGAGAUGUUGUGCUUUACUUAAAAACUUGAGUAAUUAUAUUUCUAAACAGCUUGUGUUCUGUAUAACAUUUUGUGUGCUUAUUUUUUUUACCAAGAUCAAUUUUUAAUAUGGAAACCUGUAAUAAUACAGACUUCACACAAUACAGACACCACUUGUGGUGGAGCACCACUAGUACUUGUAAAAACACUUGUGUGUUUUUACAAGUACAUAAUUCUGUAAUAUUAUAGUAAAUCUACAGUUAAAUUAGAAAAAUGUGUUUUGACUGGAAUUACAUGUGUACUAUUAGAAUGAAAGCAAUAUACAAGCAUCUGAGUCAAGACUUAGACAAAAAUUAUAUCAGCACACUCUCUCGCAAUUGUUUGCAUAGAGAGAAAAAAUGUUUUUUUUUCCUGCUGCUUAACCUUUGCUUCAUGGAAUUGUAGGUAUUGUUUAGAUUAGAAAAGAUCUUUCUCAGCCUUUCAGAACACAGCUUUUUCUGUAUGAUGUCAAUCACUACCACCAGCAGCUGUUGAGACAUCAUCGUAUCUGACAUCAGCAAAGGAUAAAGUAAAAAGUUUGAAAUUACUAUGAAAACCUGAAUUUUCCCAUACAUUGAGUUCCUUUCCUAAAUUUGUCAGGGAAUGGCUUUGAAGACUUCACAGUGAAUUCUAGGCUGUAUUUCUUGGGCAUGGUAUACUUGUCUAUGACAUACACUAGGAACACAUGGGUGAGCAGGAAUGUGUACUUUCUUAUUUGUAAUUUAUUGUUAAGCAAUCAUGUUUAUUUUUGAAGGAUAUAAGCUGGAAAAAAACUGCAGAUUUGUAAAAUGUGGAUUCAAAAGAAAUGAAUGCGUCAUUCAAAAGAAUGACACACUUUAUAUUUUAACAAAACUACACUUAAUUGUUAGCACUUAAUAAUAUGUGACAUUAUCUUCUAGUGAAGUACCUGAUGCCCCUCUUAAGAACUUCAGUGUAAUCAGAAAAGGCUGUUUCUUAUGGCUUGAAAUAAAAAAAAAAAAGGAUUUGACUCCACAAGAGCAUACAUUCCCACUGCCUCCCUGUCAGCCUUUAUUGAUUUGCAGACUGGCUGAUUUAGGUUAGGAUCAGUAUUUGGUUCUUCCAUUUAUCAUCAGCGCUAACUUUAUGGAAAUACAAAAUAGAUGGUGGCCUAUCCCAAAAUUUGGGAUGAGCAGCUAGGCCACAAUUAGAAACAUUCAUCAUUCACCAGGAGAAAUGAUGGCUUUUUAACAUUGUCAGAAGUAUGGUAAUACAUUAUGGGGAAAUUAGGGAGUGAGUGGGAAGGGAUGCAAAAAGUAUUUCUGCCUAACAGAAGAGGAAGAGACAAAAGCCUGUGUCCUUCUGUACCUGGACUGUCACUAGUGUCCUUCAACAAUGCUGUGGCAUUUUUUUCCUGAGCCUCAUAUAGCUCUUUGCAGGUAGAUCUGCUGGAUGGUCCCCUCAUGAGACAUGUGAAUUGUUUCUGUCAGCCUAUGGAGAGGCUUUUGGUGUGUAUUGCAUGGAAUCUGCCUAUACCUCUGAUUAUGGAGAAAAAAUAUACUGAAAGUCAUUGAAAAUGCAUGCAGAAGGAUAAUGUUCUUACCCUUAGCUCUCUCUGGGAAAUGUGACAAAAUAAAGUUACAGAAUCCAAA